GAUGGGCUAAUGUCUCCAAAUGUCAUUUAUGUUACCUGGCUCCCUGACGAGAUUAAGUACUGAUUUAGUCAAGGUAAAGGGAGAUGAAUUAGGUUAUUCCAGUUAGAAAACUAAGUAGGGAAAAAAAGUAGAUAGACAAAAAGUCCUCAAAACUCAAUAUACCAGAAAGAAAAAGAAAUAGCCAGACCAUAUCAGUCAGUCGAAAGUCGUAUGUUAAUUAAGGUAUGCUAGUAUACGCGUGAGCCAUGACU